AUCAUCUAUCUCAUCCCUCGAACCAAUCUAUUAUAAAUGGGUUGCUGUAGCUCUCGUCAAGUUCAGGAUGAGGUUGACAUGGCACAUACAGCCUCUCAGCCUCAACCAACCUACCAUGAAACAUAUCAAGAGCCAGCAGGUGCUCGAAUUCAACCUCAUGACCCAAUGACUGUCCCGGCAGCUGCUACACCUGCAGUGCCAGAGUACAGUGCUCACCCUCCAAGUAUUAUCACGCGUGACGAAAAACCAAGUUCCUCGCCACCUCCUUUUGGUUCCACGUCAGGUGUAGCUUUACUAUCUUCGCCUAUUCAAGACGAUAAACCGCAGCUUGAUGAGAAAUCAACUGAAACCCCACAGUCGGUUGGAGAAACAACCGAUACACCCAUCAUCGUUAGACUGUCGAUUGCUCGCGAUGUUAAAAUUCGAAUCCCAUCCAGCAGUCCCUAUAUCACUGUUAGCCAACUUCGCACUAGACUAUAUGACCAUCAUGAUCUCAAUAUCUCUUCGUCAACUCAUACGAUUCGAUUCAUCUACCUCGGCAAGGUCCUUAAAGAUACCACCACCAUCCAACCUAUUCAACCUGAUUCUAAAUGUAAAAAUUCAGCUGACACAGUGUUUGUGAACGAUGGUGGCAUUGUUCAAGCUUUACUCAGUCGUUCGUCGUAACGAGUUAGAAAUCCUUUUUGUAUUUUCUUUCUGUCCCAUUGCUUGCAUCCUGUUUACUACUAUCUCUCGCAUUCCAUGUUCUUUUCUCGGUCUCUUUUUUUUCUUUCUAAUUUUUUUCCCUCUCUCUCUCUCAACUGUACUAUUUUGUUUAUCAGCGCACACUCACCCUAUACACCCAUCGUAUCUUUUCUCUACCCUUUCUCAACCUAUUUUUCAACCCAUUUUUUUUUAUUAAAAGGAAAAGAAAAAAUACUACAUAAACACACAUCAUAUCUUAACGUGACGACUCAAACAAGUCAUUCACUGCAUGCA